CGGGACCCCUCGCAUUGCGUUUAGAUAUACGAUACGUCAUUAUACUGAUGAGUCACGCCAAGAUACGAGGUGACCCCCACGCGCAGUAGAUAUUUGAUUAGUACUGCAUAUUCAACAGCUGUUUGGCAAUUCCCUGAAAACCCUGAGUACGCGCUCUUCCUCGCAUAGCUAUUGGCGUCAAUCACAUCGCCACUGUUUCUCACUGUCAUUGUGAUUAUAACACUUAUGAUGACUUCCCCAAAGCCAAACGCGUUUGUGAGCCUUUCCCACAAUUGCAGUCAUGGAGGCAUGUGUAGUUGUCGCAGAAAUAAAUACACGGUGGUCGUUGCUUUGUUUCUUCAGGCUCUUGCCAUCUCCUCUCUGCCAACAUGUCUGAAACGUUGAUCGUGGAAGAAGUCAUGCAGGCAGCGCUUUCCGGUACGCUAGCCACCAUGUUACUGUAUGGCGUCACUUGCAUGCAGACCUUCCACUACUGGCAAACAUACACGCGUGAUAAGAAGUAUCUGAAGUCUAUGGUGGCAUUCAUCUGGCUUCUCGAGACUGCCCAUACAGCAUUGUCGAUACACUUUGUAGAAUAUUAUCUCAUCAUCCAUUUCGGAGAGUUUACGCACUUGGGAUAUGCAGUCUGGAGCAUGGGGGCUACAUGCUUCAUUGGUUUUUUUAUAGGUUAUGUUGUGAACCUUUGCUUCAUCUGGCGGAUAUUGCAACUGGGCCAGAAUCGUUGGAUUGCUGUUUGCUUUGUCGCCGUCGCAACCGUUCGCUGUGGAUUUGGACUUGCAAACUGCGUUUUGAGUUUCAUCUAUCCUAUGUGGACGGACUUCAGAGGACGGGUCUUUGCAACCAUGGUGACUGGUCAAGUGCUUUCAGCAGUCGUCGACGGCGUGAUUGCAUUUACAUUAUGCUUUUAUCUUCGAAAACGUCGCACUGGCAUGAAAAGGACUAACAGUAUCAUAAAACGCCUCCAAUUAUAUAGCAUCAACACUGGUGCCAUCACGUCGCUUUUCGCCGUGCUAGCGGUCAUCUCGUUUAUUUAUCUACCAACUACUACAGCAUUCGUUGCUUUUGUUCAAGUCCAGGGCAAACUCUAUGCAACAUCAUUUUUAGCAUCGUUAAACGCCCGCAAAAGGACGCUCGAAAAGAUCGAACAGCCUGUUCCCACCGCGGACGCGCUUUCCUUGUUCAGAGCAGCACGACCGGAUCUGUCAUUUCUGCAAGCGAUUGAAGCCGAGAAGAGUAUUACAAUAAACAUCUGCGGCGACAGUCUAAAUACUGGAAUGGACAGCCACGCAACUGGGCCAGUAGUUUCCUAGGGCUGAUACAUGAUGAACAUACUGUUUAUCCACUUGGUUCAUUCUUUACCGCCAGCGUUCUCUUUAAAUUAUAGACUAUCAUUAGUGUAGCGCGAAGGAGGCUUAAUCUAAAUUAUUUCAUUGAACUAAA